CUUGUCCCUGGUCUGUAACCUGUGUCUUAGCGACACAGUAAAAGUAUAUUGACAUCUACUGACAUAAGUGGUAGUACAGUGCCGAGAGUUAAUUACUAUCAGUGUUAAAUAAAUAGUUACGUUAUUUUUUGAGUACUAUAAUGUGAUAGCAUUAAAUACGAGAACGAGAGAUGCCGAAAAAAUAUUAUUUUGGUACAUAAUAAAAGGAUGACACGUUUUUUGUCAGGGCAUACGACCAAUUAUCCUUAUUGUUAUUACUCAAGACGCUUGAACCAGCGUCGACGGUAUUUAACAAAAAAAUCACCCUCUCAUUCAACAGUGGGGUUGAAAAAAAAAUCAUUUUUUAAUUGUUAUCAUGCUCACAGAAAUGGUUCGUCUCUCUUACCAACAUCGUGCUUUUUAUUGCUAUGUUAUACUCAGUAUUUGGAUAUUCCUUCUCGUUGCUGGCAUGUACAAAUACAUCGGGAACAAUGAAAACAGUUCUGUUCAAAGUAAACCACUGAGUAGUGAUGUACCGGUUCGUGAAUUCGCACGACACUUUAAGCCAGAUAUUAAAAAUAAAAGAAUAUUUAAAUUGUGUAAUCCACCGGAGGACAUUAGAAGUGGAGCAGAAGGUAAAAUUGAUGGAAAUUUUACUCUAGAAGGAGUAAUUAUAUUUAUCCGACACGGUGAUCGCGGACCAUUAUCACAUAUACGUAAUAUCAGUACAGUAAAUUGCGCGGGUGACUUUAGUACGGACCCACGUCUCGAAAGUAUUUACCAAAAUUAUCAUAAUUUUAUACUCAAUUCGACAGCAUACCCGCAGUCAGCUUGGUCCCAAUUUCUGGGUCCAUUUCACGGGUUUCCUAUGCUGCCUAGUAAUGUAAGGGAAUGUAAAAUAGGGGAACUCACGACUCUCGGUAUCGGACAAUUACUAAAGACUGGAUUGAUACUCAGGAAUGCGUAUUACAAUAAACUUAAUCUCAGUAAUAGUACACUGUCAUCUAGAGAUGUUAUUGUCUAUAGCACGAGAUAUCGGAGAACUGUACAAAGUGCCAUAGCUCUUCUUUAUUCAUUUUUGCUUGAGAAUGAAGUCUUCCAAAAUUUCGGAAAAAUUACAAUGCGUGAGAGUUCAAGCCUCACUUUUUGUAACACUGAUUGUGCGUGCCCUACUGCUGAAAAAUUUGUCAAACAAUACAGCAAGGAAACAAAUGAUCGUUUGAAAUCUCAUCCAGCAGUAAUAGAAUUAAUAAAACAAGCGUCAAAUAUUGUAUUUGAAAUGCCGGAUCAAGCGCAAACAAAGCAUCCAGACACGCUCAAAGAUGCAUUGUUAACAUAUAUAUGUCAUGGAUCAUCACUUCCAUGUGUUAAUUACGAUAGCCAGCGUAUUUGUGUUAAAACAGACCAGGUUACCGGACUGUUUGCUUACAUUGAAUGGGAAUCACGUCUCAAUAUCAAGAGCUUGAGUCGUCGCAAAUACGGACUCUUGAGAGCCUACGGUUUAUUGAGAAACGUCGUCUCGCAUAUGGUACAAAUGAUUUCUGAAUCAAAGCCAAAAAUCGUCCUGUUUUCCGGUCACGAUAAAACCCUCGAGUACUUAACGAGUGCUCUUGGUAUUGUCGUCGAUCACGCCAUUUCGCCCCACUACGCGUCCCGAUUUGUCAUUGAAAUUUGUCGCGCCAAUUCGAAAAAUGAAAAUCACGUUGCUAAUGACUUUUACUUUCGCGUGAUCGUAAACGGCAAAGAUGUAACGCAGACCAUAACAUUUUGUAAGAAUUCUAAUUAUUAUAGCGCGAGUUACGGUGAUAAAAAUGAUGAGGGUGAUUUUUUAAAAAGGGAAUACAAACUGUGUCCAAUUGAAGCCAUCAUACGUCAGUUACACGAUGAUUAUUUUCUUCCUUUCAAUGCAACUAAUUUUAAAGACGCUUGUUUAAAUCAAUGAUUUUGUUAAACUUAUUUUUAUCUUUGUAAACAUGCAGGCAGAAUUUUUAAUGAUGAAUAGUUUAUGAAAGUUAUUUAUAGUUUUUAAUCAAUACACUGAGAGAAAAAAUAACUUUUAGAAAUAUUUUAUUUUCUUCUUACAAGAAAUUGGGCCAUUACACUGUAAAAAAUCGGGAGUGAUUACGAAUUUUUAUUUGAAUCUGGAUUUACUCCACUCGGAAAUCCGGAAUUUAAGAAAAAAAUUUUUGUCUGUCAAAAAAAUUAUUAUUAAAUUUAAAUAUGGAAUUAAUGUAAUAAUUUUUAUUGAUUUACAAUUUAAGAAAAUAUUAUUUUUACAAAAGUUAAUUUUUUUUCAGUACAGCUUUGCAUUGAAGUAGAAUUUUUUUUUUUUAAUUCUUGUUUUAUCUAAAACUACUAAAGAUUAAAAUUUUAAAAAAUGCACUAGUUAUUACGCGCAGGUUCUAAUUACUAAAUUAUAAAAAUAUUAAAAGCAUCGCUUAGAUAAUUUAUUACGCAGAUAUAUAUAUAUUAAAUACCGUAGAUAAAAUUCUUCAACGCCUUAAAAAAAAGAAACAAAACCACAAAUCUCUGCUACUAUACAUUUUCUCUAUGAUGUUUUAUAAAAAUGUUGAUGGUGAGUGUAGAUACUCAUUUAUAUAUAUUUUAUCAUACAACUUAUUGUAAAUAUGUAUCCCACCAAAAACAGAUUCUCUGUAAAAAAAUCGCGCCAAGUACACGUUCAACACUAUCUAUGAAUGGAAAAAAUGUACUUUACAAAAAGCUAUAAAAUCUUGAAAACACCAAGUAACUGGUAGCAUUGGAAAUCAUGAGAAAAAUCUGAAUCAAAAUAUAUAAUGAAAAAAAAUGAUCCGAAUGUACUUGGUGUGCGUCACGAUUUCAUUGAGUCAAGUAAUUCACUGCAAAUCCACUCUAUAAGUGUAUUAUUUUAACACACAUGGAGUGUAUCCCAUGUUUGUCAUAAGCAAACUAUAGUUUUUUUGUAGUCAUUUCCCUGUUUAGAAAAUCUCAUAGAAUCCAAUAGAUUCUUAUGCAUUCCUAUAGGGAUUUUAUAAGAAUGAAUGAGUUCUAUGAGAAGCGCUAUAGUUAAGUAUAGGGCCUUAUACAUACAGCUAUAAGAAUCUAUCGGAUUUUUUAAGCAGGGUUGAUACACGUUUAACGGUGUGUUAAAUUUCUAUAGCUUGCUUGCCGCAUUUCAAUGUUUUUCGGCAAGUGUGUAAAUUUUGACUACACGCUUUUGAUUUUACAGUCAAUUUCUAUGAUCGAUUCUGAAUUUUAGUAAACUGCAAAGAAAUGACGAUAACAAGAAAAUUUAUUGUUUAAACGCACACCAAGUACAUUCGGAUCAUUUUUUUUCAUUAUAUAUUUUGAUUCAGAUUUUUCUCAUGAUUUCCAAUGCUACCAGUUACUUGGUGUUUUCAAGAUUUUAUAGCUUUUUGUAAAGUACAUUUUUUCCAUUCAUAGAUAGUGUUGAACGUGUACUUGGCGCGAUUUUUUUACAGAGAAUCUGUUUUUGGUGGGAUUUCUCUUUUUUUUGUAAAGCAAAGCAACUUCAAAUAUUAUCUGAAAGUUACAUUGUUUUUUAUAUUUCUGAAUAAAAUCCUUUGAUACAAUAAUUAUAAAUUUUUUAAUAUUACGAAACAUUUACAUGAAAUAAUCUUAGCAACUAAGAAAUGUGAGUUUUUUUUCAUUUUGCCGUCCUAUAUCCACCGCAGAUUGAGGGAAAAUUUAAUUCAGAGUUGUCAGAAAAUUUUUGUCUGCGUCGCCCCAUCUACGAUCAAACGUAGUGUAAUAUUUUGUCAAGUCGUCAAAUCAUUUUUAAGUUUAAAAUCAUUCUAUUGGCUCACAGUUUAAUCAUUAUUAGACAAUAAUAGUACACUAUAAUUUACCGCAUAAAUUGAAAUUAACUUUUAAAAAAGUAUUAUUGUAAUGAUUUUUUUUUCUUGUGAGAAAAUAGAGAAUAUUUUUAGGAAAAAUUCUUUUUAAGAACAAUGACCCCCACUAUUGUUUUACUUUUAAGCGCCACUUUUUUUUAAAAUAUAACACAUGCCAACUUAAAUAAACAUCAAUAAACUAAUCAAUCGAAUUCUUGACUUCUAUGGUAAUUUUUAGUUAUUAUACCAUUAUCGAGUUUAACAAAACUGUUGAGAUACACGAAAUUAUUUAGAUCGAGUUUGUUAUAAAAAUUGUGAUGUAAAUAAUUUAUUAGUAUUUUCAGUUGAUGGAAACAGUUAUAAUUAAUUUUUUAAUAUUGAAAAUACUUUCGUGAUGAUAACUCAUCAUUUAGUCAUACAAUAGGAUUGAAAUCCAAGUUCAGUUGAGCGGGUAAAUAAGGAUAGUUUAAAAUUACCACUUUGUAGUGGAUAAUGUCACUUGCCUGUGACUAACAACAUUAAAAAUAUAAAAAUAUUUUAGUUUGUUUCUGUUGGCCAAACUGAGUUCCUGGUAAACUUACCAUAUUAUCAGAUUUGCCGAGCAUACCCCCUAAUAGCACGAUUUGCUUUAGCAAAAGUUUCCUUGAAUUUUUUGUCAAAUGACCGUCAGUUUCAGACUUUUUCGUUUUUGAUGACAAUUGGUAUACAACUUGCCAUACAAUUUGACGUUAAAUUACCACCCGAAUUAGAAUGCAAAUUCACUUCAAAAGUUUUAUACAAAUUGUCUUCAAAAACAAAAAUGCCUGAAAUUGACCGACAUUUGACGAAAAAUUAAAGGAUUUUUUCGUAAAGUUGAACUUUUGCUAAGCAAACCGUGCUAAUUGGGUUUUGUUUCUAAUAAAAAAAAGUUACCUCUACAUUGGGGAAAAAUUAACCGCAAAUUUUACUAUUCAACUUUCGCUGUUAAACUGACAGCAAAGUCAGGCAGCGAAUUGCAGGUAAUUUCAUUGUCAAAUUAUUGUCAAUUUCAAGCUAAAGUAGCCAUUAGGGUAGUUAAUAGUUGACCCAAACUUGCUUAUUCAUUCGUCAUGGGUAAAAUAAUAUUACGCAUUAGGCCUCUUUGUUUGUGCAUACGAGGGUAAUGAAAGCGCUCUCUAGUGUUGAAAAAUCAAGACAGAUUUUAAAAACUUUAAUGUUGAGUCUAUGGAGACUAUAUAGUCUCCAUAGUUGAGUUAAUCAUGCUCCUUCUUGAAACUAUUUAUUCUAAGACGGUAAUAAAUAAGCAUAUAUUAUAGAUGGAAAAAAUUUCUGAAAUCUCAAUUUUUAAGGUACUAUAGUAUAUGCUAACGUUUUUUAUAUUUUAAAAGAUAAAUAAUAAUAAAAUGUGAUAAAAUUCAGUUGGUAAACUUUGAGUGAGACACAAAUAUUUCAGAAAAACCAGAAAUGAGCCGUGUUUUAGUUUUAAUAAAAAAAAAUGUAACUCAUAACCAUAAAACACCACUCCGACUCAAGAAAAGAGACAGGUAGG